GAGGAAAAUGAUGAGCAGCAGGGGAGUGGGAGUUCGGGUGCGAAAGAUGGUGUAAAAGCUUGUUUGCUGCAAAGGAGAUUGCAGACCUUGUUGUUUACAAACUUGUCCUGGAAUUUCGACCAAUGUUGAAGUGAAAGUGCAAAAGUUGCAGGCGCUUGAGGAAACUGUCCUGUCAGUAUCACCUGGAGUGAGUGACAGUGCCCAGGCCCCAGGGCGAGAAGUGUUGAAAAAUCUCUGGAUAUUCUUUAUCUGCUUCUGCCACUUGCAGCAGCUUGAUGCAAGACUUCUCUAAGCUAAAAGGCGAAUUUCGCUUUGAUAAUUUUUUAGUAAAAAUACUUCAUGAAACUUGUUGGGCAACUUUUGGGCGAAGAGGGCAGCACCCUAGAGAAAAUUUUAUGCCUCUUAUGAAAUUGCACCCUGGUAGCAUAGGUGUGGAUGCAAAGCCGGUCACAAAGACCCUUGACGUUUGUGUUUCUCAGCCAGUCACAGAGCAUUAUAACGGGGUCAAAGAUUUGAAAGCUAUAUUGGCACCUAGAUCAACAAAGCCGGAAAAAAAAACGUAUUUCACAGGAUUUUCGACCAACGCUGAAGUGAAAGUGCAAAUGUUGAAGGGCCCGCUUGAGGGUAACAAAUUAAAACAAAUGAGCUGUAGAUUGGAAAUGGACGGCAAAAUGAUAUCUCCUCCUAUAGGUACAUGUCAAUAAUUCACAGUGGUUAUGGAGAAUCUGAUCCAAUCUUCUAUGAGUGUAAACCGUAUAUAGCUACUAACCUUUCCUUCUCAGUAGUGGGCAGUGGUCCAUCUCCCUAGCUAUUAAACUUUUGCGUCAUUUUGCAUAGUGCAAUACGAACUCUAGGGCCAAGAGGUACCUCGCAAUGAAUCCAUAGCCAUCAACGUAGCUUUCAUAUAAGUAAGCAAAGGACAAAGAGCUUUAUUUCUGAUUACGUUCGUACGUCCACUGCACUAAUGGGUACAUUUGUAUUUAUUCAUGUGAAAUGCUCCUUUGGAAAGAUGAAGUGUAUAGUGGAAAUAAGAAAUUGAUUCUAUACGGACAGCUGCCGGAAUCGAAUUUGAAUGCGGCAUAUAUCUAUCUGCAGGAUAUAUAACAUUGUUC